AAAAAGCCUCCCAUGCCGGCGUUUGUGUCGUGGGCGUCCCAAUGGCAUCGACGUCAGACAGCGAUGCGAGGUCAUGAAAGACAUUUGGAGGGAGGCCUGGAUCAACUCGGAGUUCACUGGUCAGGUGGCGUUGAGUCGCCGCGCCAAUGGACAGGAGUUCUUGGAGAUUUGCUGUCCCGAAGUCUUGGAAAGAUACGGCUCUCACCCAGAGAUCCUGGACGAUGGCCGCAGUGUCCAUGUCUCCGUGAACGAUGUGGUGGCGUUCGGUGUGUUGGAAGAGUCCGGUUCGCUAAUUGCGGUCAACGUUUGGCGCAUUAGCAUCCCAAGGAAAUUUAUGGAGGAAGAGGUGAUGGAUGAGGACAGCUCAGAGGAUGCUUCUCCUGCGCAGCCAACGAUCGUCCAAGCAGAUUUCAAGGAUGCUUCUCCUCCCAAGCCAAAGACUAUCGCAGCUGUGCGCCAGGAAGCCACGAAGCGCAGCUUGGAGACGCCUAGCCAGUUGCAUCCCACGGCUAAAGCGAAGGCCCCAGGGGCCCCAGGGGCCGGCAUGCACAAGUCGGCUGCGAAAACUGCGGCGGAGGAAGUGCAGACAAAGAAGGAGGCCCUACCUGCUAAGCGGAGCAGGGAACUUGGGAUCAGCCAGACUUUGUUGAAUCCGACGGCAAAAGCGAAGGCUCCAGAAAUGCCGUCGGCACUGAGAACUUCUCCAGUGACCAUAGAUGUGCCGACCGUGGAGGAUUCCCCUCCGGCCAAAAAGCCAAAGACCGAGACGCUGCCCGAGAUCUUGAAACCCACUGCGAAAGCAAAGGCGGGGGUACGCAUGUUGGGGACCGUGAAUCGUCACAUGCUCAAUGGGAGAUUUUCAAUCUGCUGCGAGGAGAUCUCAGGUGUCCAUGGCAGGGAUGCAGAAAUCCCACCAGAGCACGUACCCAUGAAUCUGAAAGUCGGGGACCGUGUCUCGUUCGUCGUCCGGGAGUCAGAGGAUCAGCAAUCCUCGCCGAUCUGGGCCAAGAACCUUCAGGUGCUAUCUGCUCCCAGGGCCCCAGCCCUCAGGGCCCCUGCCCUCAGGGCCCCUGCCACGGCCAAGCCUGCGAAGAUGGCAGAUGGCAAGGUCGUGGACCUCACCGAGGAGGACGCUGUAGAAGUGAUUGACGAGGCAGCACCAGCGAAGGCAAAUGGCGGCUCAUCACCGCGAAAUGAAGCACCCGUGGAGGCAAAGGCAGCAGCAGUGAAGGCAGCAAAGGGUGGCUCAUCACCGCCGGAAAAGGAAGCACCCAUGGAGGCAAAGGCAGCAGCAGUGAAUGCAGCAAAGGGUGGCUCAUCACCGCCGGAAAAGGAAGCACCCAUGGAGGCAAAGGCAGCAGCAGUGAAUGCAGCAAAGGGUGGCUCAUCACCGCCGGAAAAGGAAGCACCCAUGGAGG